AUGAUGAUUGCAGAACCAGAACCAACGCGACCGAAAGCAGAAUCACCGCGACCUUCUUCUUCUUCGUUUCAGCUACGAUGGUGUGUUGGAUUGUCCGUGUUCGUUAUCUAUGUGUGGUCAGAGACCAUGAACUCUAGUAUCUAUACCUAUCAACGCUGGUUCAAAGAGAGCAAUGCUUCCCUCCAUCUUCAUAUUAUCGAUAACACAACCACUAGUACGAGUAUUGACCUUCGAAACUCGGUGGUCGAGGCAGCCAGUAGUGAAAUAAAAAAGUCCAAGUCCACAGACGAGACGCCACGGGAGAACAAGAGCUACAACAUGGGCAAGAAGAAAAGCAACGCUACCAUGAUUGAGGCUAACAACGGGGUCAAGAACAAGACGGUACCACAACUCAUCUGGCUCUUGAGUUUUCCCAAUUCAGGAACCACCUAUACCAACAAACUCGUACAAGGCAUGUCCGGAACCUCCACCGCUACCAACUAUGGUCAAGAACAGAGUGGAUACAAAUCCAGCAUUCCACUAAGCCCCAAUCUACCCAAUGGACCCUUCUUGCGGUAUCCAGAUGGAAAUACCUCCAAAUACCUCUUGACAAAAUCACACUGUACGGGAUACUGUAUUCGAUGCUCGCCCGAUCGAUACGUUCUCAAUGCGGAACGAUUCGAAAGUGGAUGUCGUUCCGGCAAUCAUCUCGUCAAUGGGGAAUCCGUUUCCAGCAAACCGGCAUAUGCCGCCGAGUUGGUCAAAAAGGUGGUGCACAUCAUUCGCAAUCCAUUCGACAACAUUGUGGCCCGGCUUCACAUGCAACGCAAGAAUUGGGUGAACCACGGGGACCACGAGGAAUACUUGAAACUCUUUGUCAACAAUCGAACCGGGUUUCGACGAUGGUGUACCUUUUUGGCAUAUACCCAGGUCAACCAAACUGCCAAAGCAAAACAACUCGACAAUUUUACCAAACAGUUGUAUGCGGUGUCGCCAUGUGCCGCUGAAUUCUACCGAUAUACCCAAUGGCACAACUACGCUAUUGAAGCUGCCAAGGACAAACCGGUGCACACCUUGUUUUACGAAAAUUAUACCGAAAACUUUAAUCAAACGGCGAAUGAACUUCUGGACUUUUUAGAGCUAGACGUGGUGGGCGGACCCGAAGAGUCAUUUCAACCGGGAAAGCAAUACCCGGAAUACUUUACGGAGGACGAACAGUACUUUAUUGCCAACCUGGUACGGCAUUUGGCAACCAAUGAAACGUGGGGGUUACUGAAACACUACUUUGAUGGGAUCUUGGAGGACGAUGAGCUUGACUCUGAAGAAGAUGUAGAAGCUCCGGAGGAGACAGAAGAGCAAACUGACGAGUUUGAUAAGCUAGGUGAUGACGAGGAUGCGGAAGAGGAGGAUUCCACGGUCGACAAAUCAAUAUGA